CAACGCACAGAACUCACAAUACUCCAAUUCUAACGAGGGGCAUUGUUGCCAUUCGAACCCAAAUAAAUAGCUUGCCCCAAAACCCUAGCACCCAUUUCAGGCCUCCAUCCUCCCUCUCAAUCUUGGCUACUGCAAGCUCUCCCCAACUACUCAGAAUGGCUUCGGAGAGGAAAUUGAGUAACCCAAUGAGGGAAAUCAAGGUACAGAAGCUCGUCCUCAACAUCUCAGUCGGCGAGAGCGGUGAUCGUCUCACCAGGGCCGCCAAGGUGUUGGAACAGCUCAGCGGCCAAACUCCGGUGUUCUCCAAGGCAAGGUACACUGUGCGGUCCUUUGGUAUCAGACGUAAUGAAAAGAUUGCAUGCUAUGUCACUGUUAGGGGUGAGAAGGCAAUGCAGCUUUUGGAGAGUGGUUUGAAGGUGAAGGAAUAUGAGCUGCUGCGGAGGAACUUUAGUGAUACUGGAUGUUUUGGCUUUGGUAUUCAGGAGCACAUUGAUCUUGGAAUCAAGUAUGAUCCCUCGACUGGAAUUUAUGGAAUGGACUUCUUUGUUGUGCUGGAGCGCCCUGGUUACCGUGUUGGCCGUCGUCGCAGGUGCAAGUCUCGCGUUGGGAUCCAGCAUAGGGUCACAAAAGAGGAUGCCAUGAAAUGGUUCCAGGUCAAAUAUGAAGGUGUGAUUCUUAACAAGUCCCAGAAUACUUAGGCCUGGAAGAUUCUUGGGAAGAUGCCAUAAGUUUUGAGCUAGGUUGAUGUUAUGUAGACCAAAAAUCCUUUACUAUUAUCCUUGUUUUUUAAGUAUUGGGAGAGCCUGGGAUAUGUUUUCUGGACCAAAAUCUGUUAAUUUAUUUGUCCUUUCUAUA